GUAGAGGUAGGGGGGGAGUGUAGAUGAUGUGACACUGAGAACUCUGGUGACAUAGAGGAAAGAUGAAGAAAUUUUUUGAGGAUUUUAAGCGGGAUAUAAAGUUUAAAGGCGCUGGGCCGGGUCAUGCUCUGACUGAGGAUACCAGAAAAACCAUAGAAAACAAAUCCAAGGGGCCAGAGAAACCUCGUAGACCACCGGCUGAAGAAGCUCAGAUGGCGGCAGCUGCAGCUCUAACAAGGCUGGAAAUUAAGCAGCAUAGGGGCCGAAGCACAACUGGAUCGAACAGUUUACGGAAUGAAGUAAAGAAGGAAUUGACAGCAGAGGCUGCAUUCCCUGAAGCGCAGACUCGAAACAAUCAAGGUCCGAGCAAUGCUGUGAAGGAAGAUCGCAGCAGCUUCUCAGUUACUGGUGUGUACUUUAUCUGCCCGUUAACAAAUGCUUCAAUUUCCAAAAGCGAAAGAGAUUCACACAUUAAGGAAGCCAUUCUUAUGAAAUUUGCUGAUGAUCCUGUGCGAGCCUCCAUAAUGAUGAUUCACACAUUUAACAAAGAUAAAGAGAAAGUAAAGAUUGCUUGUGAAACUCUUGGCAAAUACAUUGAUAACAUAUGCAAUAAUCCGAGUGAAGAGAAAUACAGAAAAAUCAAGUUGCAGAAUAAAAUCUUCCAGGAAAGGAUAUCUGAACUGGAAGGAACACAUGAAUUUUUACAGUCGAUUGGGUUUGAAAGGAAGACGUUACAAGUAGCAGGACAAGAAAAUGAAGAAGAUUAUUACGUGCUAAAUGAGGAAUUUCUCAACACAUUUGAAGAGCUUAGACAGUACAAAAGUGAACUUCUAAGUGCUGAGCCUGUAAGAGCGCAAUUAGAUCGACGGAUUCAGAUUUUUCGCCCUUCACCCCAGGCAGCAAAAUUUGAAUUGCCCAGUGACUUCUACAAUUUGACUGCUGAUGAAAUCAAACGGGAGCAGCUAAUGAGAUCAGAAGCUGUGGAUAGAAUGACCAAACUAAGAACUAAAGCUAUGCGGGAGAGAGACGAGCAGAGGGAGUUGAAGAAAUAUAACUACACACUCUUGCGUGUCAGAUUCCCAGAUGGAUACAUUUUACAAGGGACAUUUUAUGCCCGAGAGAGGGUUUUAGCCCUUCGUGAAUUUAUCCACAGUGUUCUGGAAAGAGACUGGAUUCCUUUUGAACUGAUGGCUCCUGGAGGACAGAAACUGAAAGAUGAAUCCGCAAUGUUUAUUGAAGUGGGCCUGGUUCCUGCUGCUUUGCUGACGUUGACAUGGGAUGCAGAGGUUCUAGCAAAUCUUGAGGCUGCAGGGCAAAGUCACACUAACAUGCUAAAACAAGAACUGCUGUCUGACAUCCAAACACUUGUAUAAGUAAAAAAUGGACUUUCAAUGCUCAGCUAAAUAUUGUUUGUAAAUGUAUUUUGUAUAUUAUAAGGCGGUGUCCUGUUAAUGUUGUAUCAAAUAGAGGAGGGGGAGAACGAAGAAUUUUUUUCUGGAGCAAUUUGAAGUAUCAUGAUUCGAGGUAGUUGAAUGACAAUACCGUGCUAUAUUAACACAUUGCACUAUGCAGCAAUUAGAUAUGGUUUAAGUACCAGUUCCCACUUUCAGUCUGCCCCAUUUUAAGGAUGUACUUCCAAAAGAGAAGAAAAACUGAAUGGGUCUGAACCAGGCUAUGAGUGUAACUACAAUUAGUAGAAACAUUUCAGCUGUUAGUUCAGAAAUUCCACAUGUUAAGAGUUUGAAUUAAUGAGGAAGAGCAUCCUUUCCAACAGUUCAAGAACAUGGUUGCAAAGAAAGCAGUGUGAAAGUAUUUGAGACCAUUGAAUAAACCACUUGUGUUGAACUUUUGUUUUGAAUGGGAUUUAGCCUUGGUGGUGUUGGUUCACCAGUAAUGUCCUGAGCUUAUUAUUAAAGUACAUGGUACUGCUGUUGAGUAGCUUGUAUAUUUUUCACUGCUGAUUUACUGACUGACCUCCGUCUGUUAUUCCAUUAUUUAUUUGAAAUAUUGACCACAACGUUGAAGGCAUUGUAGCCAAUACUUACUUUUUUAGAAUCUGUAAAAAGCAAAAUUGUGCAAAUGCUUGAAAUCUGGAAAAAAAAAUGCAGAGAAUACUGAACUUAGCAGGCCUAGCAGUUUCUGUGGAUACAGGUAACAAUUCAAGUCCAAUAUGAUUUGUCUUCAGAACACGGUCCAUAGAUAUUGCCAGACAUGCUCAAUUUCUCAAGCAUCUUCUGUCUUUAUUCUUAAUUAAGUGGUAUUGUAGUAGAAAUGCUGGGAGUUACGUUUUUGCAAGUGAGAAUUCAUGAUUCGGUUACUGUGAACACAUCAAAUUAAAUUGGAGUUGGUAGUGACAUUGCUAAGAGGGAAUUGUUAAAGGAAAAAAAUUUGGUGAAACCUAAUUGCUUUCCCUUUCUUAUAUGCAGAUCUGCAGGGUAUGCAGUUAACAAAAAAAAAAUGUUUUAACAA